CACGAUACGUGUCCACUCGCGUGUCCGUUUCUCGCCGCCUCUGAGACUUCUCUCUCUUGUUCAGCUUCAUACGGGAUUUCUACUGCGGCGACAGAAUAAGGGAAGUAGCGAACUCGACCUGCUCGACGGAGCUGUUGAUCCUUGUCGCAGAGAAUCUGGAGGUCGAUGGAAGGGUGCCGGGUGAUCCACCACCGCUGGACUCUCCGGGGGCUCGUUGCCUCCUACCUCGACCUCGCCCUCGCCUAUCUCUUCCUCUGCGCAGCCUCCUUCGCCUUCUUCGUUUCCAAGGCCCUGUCGCUCGUCGGAAUCUCCGUCCCGUGCUCCUGCGGCCUCGACCUCAUCGAUCGCCGCCACCACCAGCAGCGCCAUCAACAGCAGCGUAGCGUCGGCUGCCUCCAGCGCUUCCUCCUUGACUGCACGGCUGGAAAGAUCGGAGGCGUCUUCGAUUCCUUUUGCUUGGGCGAUUGUAGAGACUACCGUGUUGGAAGGCGCGAUGACGUCCGGUUCAUCAAUCAUACUGAUGAGGAUAGCGAAGGCAGCGCCGCCUCAGCCGCCCGUGGGAAAUUGGAUCUGGACCGAGGCGAGGAGUCGUGCUGCUCGGUGUCGCAACCGCACUGUCCCCGAGAUUCCACGAAUUUGAGCCUUAUGAAUAAUCUUUUGGUCGAUAGAGGAGAGUCUUCAAACUACCGAGAUAAGGAUUUUGUUGAUGUCAAGGGAAAGGCGAUCGUCCGACAAGAGAGGCCACCGAAUGUACUUAAACGACGGAAACGACAGAAGAACAAUAUUUCCAUCAAAACUACUUCUUUGUCUGCCUUGCCUUCUUCCCUUCUGGAGGUGGGUCGGAAAGGGGAAGUAGCCACUGCCACUCCUUUGACCGUUAACGCCCCUGUUUUUGUGGUAGAGAGCAGCUCAAAUGUGAUUCCUGGAACUAGUUUUCUUCUUUCAGGUUAUCAGAAGGCUAUUGUUGAAGAAAUAAAUUAUACUAAUCCGUUACAAACUAUGGAAAAGACCUUAUCUAAUGGCAUUGGGAGAGUUCGUGAUGAAGAGAAAAAUGAAUGUGAUGUAACAAGAGAACUGAAACAAGCGCUCGAAGAGGAAAAGUCUACUCGAGCUGCUCUUUGUUUGGAGCUGGAAAAAGAGAGGAACGCUGCUGCAAGUGCUGCUGAUGAAGCAAUGGCCAUGAUAUUUAGACUCCAGGAGGAGAAAUCAGCAGUGCAAAUGGAAGCUCGGCAAUACCAGAGAAUGGCAGAAGAGAAAUCUGCAUAUGAUGAAGAAGAAAAGGAGAUUCUUAAGGAAAUCAUUGUGCGUCGGGAAAGAGAGAAGCAUGUAUUGCAGAAAGAAGUUGAGGCAUAUCAGCAAAUGAUUGUUGGUGUUGAUAGUGCUAAGCAGAUAUCAGGGAGUAAUCUGUCUACUGAAGUAGAGUUAAUUGAAGACAACACUGGUACUUCAUUUGGUUCAUUUGAUGACACUGAACUCAUCCUAAAAACGGUCUAUGAAUCCAUCAAAAAGAAUGAAAGGUGUAGGGAUGAGGUACAACAUGUCGAUGCAAUAGAGCCUCUGGUGGCUUCUGUACAGAAAUCCUCUACAGAAUUUGUGAAUGAAUCAGCCAUGUCUCAAGAGUUACACCUUUUGAUCAGUGCGGACGACCAGCAUAAUACCGAGGAGCAAUGUUCAAAUUUGCUAAAUGAUAGGAAUGAUUGCCAUGUGCAGGAAAAAGGCAUGUUAACAAUGGAAAGGGUUCCAUCUUUCAUCGAGAGCAAUGGAGCUGUCUAUGCAAAUGGUUCUAGCUCACCUAGGUUAAUUGGGACACGACAUAAAGAAGAUAAUGCAGUAGAUAUGAAAUUCGAGGUUGAAGUUCCAUCGGAUGAUUUAUGCAUGGGGCAAAGCCUACAUACAGAUGAAGUAGGUUCCAUCUCAUCUCAGGUCGAUACUGAAGCAAGUGUAUUUGAUGUGCAUGUAAUUGAUGAUGAAAUAGACAUGAAUAGACAAGGAGAUAUGGGGCAGUUAAAUCUUCCUCAGACGGCAUUGGGCAGAUCACACAGAUAUGGUGUGCCAAAAGAAUCGUCUUCAGACAUCAAAGUUCACUGCUUGAUUGAAAAUUUAAACACUUGUCCAAAACCAUUAGGUACAAACAUACACAGAAGUAACUCUGAUGUGAUAACAGUGGGCCAAGCAGUUGAUGUUGCAAGUAAUAGAGUUCUACGGUUGGACAUGAGAAGGAUUUCUAUGCCUGCAAUCAAUAAUGAAAGAUCUAAACUUGAAAAUGAAGUUGAACUCCUGAGGAAAAAGCUAAAAGUGAUUCAAGAAGGAAGAGAAAAGCUAAACUUUUCAGUAGAAAAGAAGGAAAAGUAGACUUACAAUCUAUGUCAAUUACAGGGAAUCCGAAAAGCUACAGAAUGUUGAUAAUAUGUAUGAUGCUCUUAUACCUCCUUCUAAGGUAUGCCAUUAAGAUUUAAAAAAAAAUUGUUAUUUCUUAUCGCAAAUAGUUAAUGUCUGAGUUAGUACUACAGUGCUCUCUAAAAUCUUACAGCUAUGUCGUUGUAUUGUUUGGUCAAAAUCAAAAGGGCACCUAUCCAUUUUAUGGCAUUUUUUAAAGUAAUUCUUAACAAUUGUUAGGUGUGUGGAGAGUUCUUCCAUCUUACCUCUAGACAAAUAGUUAUCUAUAGUUUAUGUUGUCACAUUUAGCUACUUUUAUACAUAUAUUAGGUGAACUGUAUGCACAAAUAAUGCAGGACAACAGAAAAAUAGAGCUUACAUAAUGAGAUAAUGAAAGCAUAUAAUAGCCAAUGUAUAAUGAAAAUUCUUUGCUAGCAACUGAAAUUAUGUUACCUAACUCUUCAAAAUUAUCCAAUUGAGCUGAACAAUGAAGAAAAUGGAAAACUGAAGGCUAAAAAUGUUACUUUUACCUCAGAUGUUUUAAUCAGUGAAUUCCUUAUGAACACAACAGCCUGCAAGAUUGGCCUACCACAUACGAUAAACAAUCUAGACUAGGAACAAAAGAACAUGAGCAUGUUUACAUGAUAACGAACAAGUGUGAUAUGAUUAGAUUAACAAAAAAAAAGGUCCUAGUUUAAUAAUAGAUACCAGAGUCUUACAUGAUUAAAUUUGAACAAUAAAAAAUGCACGACCAUCCCCUGUGGUUUAAGCGGCAGAUAAUUUGUUUGAGCAACUCGCAAGACCUACAAUCCUGUCCUACAAUUACAAAAGGGAAGCUUAGGUUUAUUCUUGCACAACCAAUACUAUAAGAAUAAACAUUUUUUAAAAAAUGUUUUUAACUACUGCAUGCGCGUGCGCGUUACAUUAGUAAUCCAUGUUGUACAAUUAUCUUGUCACACAGGAGUAAAUGUUAACCUAUUUAUGUUGCAAUUUCUAGGAAAAUUUGGUGCCAGCUAGCUCAGUUUUUUGCAUUAAUGUUCUUGCAUUAAGUGAAAUCCCAGCUAUCUAAGUUGUCUUGGAUCACAAUGUUAUGGAUUUCUUUCAAAUGUCCAAAUCAACAAUGGUAAAUAAAUUCUUUCUUUGCUCACAGAAUCCUAUGAAACUUCUUCCUGGCUUAUCUGUCCCUUUUUUUCCCUAGUACUUGGCUAUAUUUGUGUGCCAAGUUCAUUGCGAGUUGUUCAGGUUUUGUACAGUAGAUAUAUGGUUAACAAAACAGCUUUUGUUUAAAUUGGUGCAUAUGUAAUGCUAUGUCUAAGUUGACAUUCUAUUCUGUUAAUGAAGUCCAUCAAUUUGUUGUAUUUAAA